AUGGGUGUCGAAGUUCAGUCAAUCUCACCUGGAGAUGGUUCCACCUAUCCGAAGACCGGGCAGACGGUGGUAGUGCACUAUACCGGCACCCUCGCCAAUGGCACCCGAUUUGACUCGAGCCGCGACCGUGGCAAGCCAUUCAAGUUCAAGAUCGGCAAGGGCGAGGUGAUUCGAGGAUGGGAUGAGGGAGUCGCCCAGAUGAGCGUCGGCGAGAGAGCGAAGCUGGUCUGCUCGCCCGACUACGCUUACGGCGCCCGUGGCCACCCUGGCAUUAUUCCAGCCAACGCUACGCUGACUUUUGACGUCGAGCUGCUUGGUCUGGAGUAG